UGUGCUGUGUUUUCACCUGUUGCAAACCUGGAGUGGAAGCCCUGCAGCAGUUUAAACCUGUGGAGACAGUCUGCUAUUACAGCCGAGUACAGGUGACCCAGAAGCCCGGUCAUCGUGAUUCGUCAGAGCCACACCACUAUGAUUUCUCAACCAAUCGGUUGCUGCGACACUUCCUGAUCUUCUGUUGUCGGCGGCUUCAACGAAGGUAAAAAAAAAUGGAGGUGAACCGUCUGGACUUUUACAUCGGUCUGUCUCUGGCUCUGAGCUCCAGUGUUUUUAUCGGAGCCAGUUUUAUUCUGAAGAAGAAAGGUCUGCUGAGACUGGCCAGUAAGGGCUCCACGAGAGCAGGUGAAGGUGGGUACGCUUACCUAAAAGAAUGGCUGUGGUGGGCUGGACUUAUUUCAAUGGGAACUGGAGAGGCAGCCAACUUUGCUGCGUAUACUUUUGCCCCAGCCACACUGGUGACCCCGCUUGGAGCGCUGAGUGUCCUGGUCAGUGCUGUUCUCUCCUCUUACUUCCUGAAUGAGCGUCUGAACGUUCACGGGAAGGUGGGCUGUUUGCUGUGUGUCCUGGGCUCCACGGUCAUGGUGAUCCACGCUCCGCAGGAAGAGGAAGUGGCAUCACUCGCUGCUAUGGCUGAAAAGCUGAAGGAUCCAGGUUUCAUUGUGUAUGCUGUGUGCGUUGUGGGGAGCAGCCUGGUUCUUAUCUUUGCAGUGGCUCCACGGUUCGGACAGAAGAAUGUGCUGGUCUACAUCCUGAUCUGCUCUGUGAUUGGUUCCCUCUCUGUGUCUUGUGUCAAGGGCCUGGGCAUUGGCAUUAAGGAGCUGUUUGCUGGGGUGGCGGUGCUGAAGGAGCCCCUCUUCUGGUCCUUAGUGGUCUGCCUGGUCCUCUGUGUCAACGUGCAGAUCAGUUACCUGAACAAAGCACUGGACAUCUUCAACACUUCCCUAGUCACUCCCAUUUACUACGUCUUCUUCACCACAGCGGUCAUGGCCUGCUCUGCCAUACUCUUUAAAGAGUGGCUGAAGAUGACCGCAGAUAAGGCAGUAGGAACCAUCAGUGGCUUCCUCACCAUUAUUAUCGGGAUCUUCCUCCUCCAUGCCUUCAAAGACAUUACAUUCACGUGGGACGCUCUCCCUCUGUAUUUAAGGAAGUUCUCUCCGGGUUUUUCUUACGUGUCCCUUUACAAUCAGCAUGAACAAGCAGAUGAGGAAGAGCAAGAGGACGAGGAGAUAAAGAUGAAGCUGCCCACAGGCGGUAAAAGCUUUCACGAACAUUAGUAGAACAAUCGGACAUUGGCACGUACUCUUCAAAUUAGACUUCAAUUUAAGAUUUUGUGACAUUUAGACUUGACUCUCUCUCUCGAUGAAAUCUUGACUCUCUCGCUCAACACUGCAAAUCUCAGAAUCUGUCUUCCAAGUCUUAGCCAUGCCAAUGCUAAAAGCAUAAUGCUGUGGUUGUAUAAGGUACUGAUUCCAGGGCUGACUCCUAAUUCUUGAUCUCAGGCCGACACCAGCGGCACAAAACUCAUCCCUGUCCUUCUUUCCUUGUAAACUAGACUGUUACAUUUACUAAACAGGGACUUCUGUUUGGCUUUAGCCAGUGUAGAAACUAUGAUGCAGCUAUUGUCAGCAAUAGGUCCAGAAUCCAGUCUGAGACUUUCACAGUCCUGGCUUUUUCACAUUCACUGGAGGUCAUUAUUAAAGUAGAGAUUAUAUUCCUAUUCAAACACUGAAAUUAUUACGUUGAAGACACCGGACCAAAGCUACAUUGUCUGCCAGAAGAUAGUUGGCCAGAAUGUGAACGGCAGUUAUAUACUGUAACAAUAUUUAAUAUGUAUUUAAAUUCAGAGUUAAUAUAUGUGUACGACACCGUUACCUAUUUAUAGAUUUUACCGUUUGGACAUUAACACUGAUUGACGUGAAUCUUUGAAAUGUUACAAAAAUGUUGUUGUUUAGUUUGAAUGUCUUUGCUUCGCUUUAUACCUCGUACAACUUUCACCAUAUACUGUUUUCCGUGUGUUAAUUCAUAUAACACUUUUGAAAAACAGACUCUCGAGAUACAAGUUUAAUCCGUUCUACAACACUCGUAUGUAGAUUUGCUUGUAUCUCAAUCAAAUUUUCCUCAAAACCAAUUAAUUUGUUCCAGCCCCUAGAAAUAUACUAUAUAAAUAAUAAUUAAACAUUUCAUAUUAUUGUUAUAAAAAUGGGUAAAAUAACCCAGCAAGGAUUAUUGAAUCUUAUAUCUUAUAUAAUCUUGAUAUCAAGACAGUGAGUGUUUGUUUAUAUAUUUUUUUAUUUUAUUAAACAAAAGUUAAUCUUCACUGCUACAUCAUCAUCACUAUCAUCAGCAUCACCAACAGUCUGAUUUGAGUCACCCAUUUACUUUUUCUUAAUGGGGGUAACUUUUUCUUCACCCCCCCACACACACGCAUUGCCCUCACCCCCUCCAUUGGAGACAAACGUCCCCAGGGUCGGUUUUUUUUUUUCAACUUUUCUGAUUUUCCUGAAGUAGGCCACGCACGACCCACAGAGACUGUCUGAGAGUGUUUCACUUCCACAAAAUUUGCUAUGUGCUGUCAGUGCUCCAUGAAUUAUUUCAAUGCCUUGGUGGUGAUGGUCAUCUCCUCCUCCCCUUCCCUUCCUGCAGGCAUGGAGGUCAAGGUUCGUUUGGUCACUCCCCUCCACGCUUGAUCGAUGAACUUCAGACAAGUCACGGCUUUGAUUUUAAAGCACUUGUAGAACAGC